UAACAGUGAAAGUCUCUGUUCCUGAAGGGAUGGGGAAACGAACUGUGUAUGUAUGGGUAGUUGCGACUCUGUGUUUUAUAGUUCUGAUGAUCAUAACUCCUACCAUUCCCCAGUCUCAAGAAUACCACAACUUCGCUGAUCAACGCGUGUUCUUUGGGAUACCUAAUACAUUGAACGUGGUCUCAAAUUUUCCUUUCCUGGUAAUCGGUCUCAUCGGGCUCAUACUCUGCCAUCAUGGGAAUUAUUUUAAGUUAAGCUUGCAAGGGGAACUGUGGGGUUGGACAUGUUUCUUUGUUGGUGUGGCUGCUGUUGGUUUUGGUUCAUCUUAUUACCAUCUCAAGCCAAAUGAUGCUCGACUUGUAUGGGACCGUUUGCCGAUGACAAUUGCUUUUACAUCCAUUGUUGCAAUCUUUAUCAUUGAAAGAAUCGAUGAGCAAAAGGGGAGGACAUCUAUUAUACCCCUUAUUUUGGCGGGUGUAAUAAGCAUUUUGUAUUGGAGGUUCUUUGAUGACCUCCGUCCAUAUGCACUUGUCCAGUUUGUUCCUUGCAUUGCAAUUCCUAUAAUGGCUAUCUUGUUGCCACCUAUGUACACACAUUCUACUUAUUGGCUCUGGGCUGCAGGAUUUUAUCUGAUAGCUAAAGUGGAGGAAGCUGAGGACAAAUUGAUUUACAAAUGGACUCAUCAUAUUGUCAGUGGGCAUACCCUCAAGCAUCUAUGUGCUGCAAUGGUCCCUGUUUUCUUGACACUCAUGCUUGCAAAAAGGAAUAUUGAACCAGUGAGGCAAAGUUUGUUCGAGGUAUGGAAGAUUUCCUGGACAAAGGUUAAAAAUGACAGGUUGAUGGUAGAGACUUGUACCUCUGCCUACUCAGAAGUGUCUACAGUUGAGCCACAUUCGACGGUUAACCUGACUUGAGUUGUAAGACAUUUGGGCACCAACUAAAUACAUGAGUUACACAUACAGACAAUCUUCAAAGUAACAGUCAGAGAGCUACCUUUUAUGAUCACCUUUUUUCUUUUAUCUCAACUAAAAAAAUUUACCAAGUAUUAGCUCAUAUUAAUAUGGAAAAUGUCUUAUUCUUUUUUCUCAUCGGGAUCUUGUUGUACACAAAAAAACAUCAAUGUAAAUAUUAUUAACUUACUGAACCUGCCUGUUUAGCAAAUGCUAUUAAUGGCUAUCAUUUACU